GUCUAGUCGCGGUUGUUUGUUUACAUAUCCCCCACGGCCCCCUAUGUAAAGCCGUUAUGACUCAGGUAUGGUAUGAUAUCGACAGAAUUUUUAAAAAUUAUCAUACCCGAGUCCUUAUGACUAAGCUCAAGCACACCUGUUGUGCGAGGUUAGUGAAGACUAACCUUGCAUUUAGUGUGAGUAGGUAACAAACUAACAACAUACUUAACAACUCACAAGUUCUCACAUAAGUCAUUGUCGCAAGUGUUUCUUGCGAGUGGCAAAAUGGCGGCCGUGUGGCUUCACAAGUCAUCGCCAAUGGGCUAUCCAGAUAUAUAAUACAGAUCCGUGCAUGAGCAGCUAUUCGAGAGAGAGAUUAAGCGAGAAUGUGCAGCAUGUGUUGAGGGACAGAUUGUACAAUCUAGGUAGGGGCUGGACAUUAAAUGGAAUCUUACAUGAAAUAAUGUAGCCAGGCUCGAAUGGGAUGUCUUCAGGGCACAGAGUUAAUAGGGUGAUAGGGUUAACAGGUGUAGGACAGAUUAUUUAUUGAUUUAUUUCCUUUCCCCCUAUUUGUUGAUACACAACUUGAUAUGUAUAUGCAUAUAUACAGUAUAUGUGUGUGUGUGUGUGUGUGUGUGUGUGCGCGCGCACAGUACAUACAAUUUUAAGGAUACACACUCCGGAACAGCAGGUGGCGGUAUGCACCUAAAACGUUGGUUGCGUCCCCCUAUAACCACGAAGAAAAAGAGAAGACUGGCGUUGAAAAUGGAAUAGAGGGCUUGACCGGCAACCAACAAAGGUUGGAGAAUAACACAGAAAGGAAAAUAAUAUUUCAAGGAUGCUGGACUAUGGUGGAGAAUGUAAUGUUGUGGAAGCAGCGGAAGGGACGGAAAUGCACUACAAAGGCUGCUAACCGCCGUCAAAACACAAGAAGAAGAACCACACGUGUCGCUUGUAUGUUCUGUGUUGUUUUCUCUCAGAGGACCAUCACGGUUGUACGUUCCAAUUCAUGUCUCAGGACCUGCCAUCAUUAUCCAAGCUUUAACCCAACAUGUCCGAAGCGCAUAAUCGCGUUGGUUGGAUUCAAUCGGACACCCCUUCUGACGCGAUUUCAGCGGACUCCUGCCACAUUGUUCUGGAAACGUCCCCUCCUGACUAUGUGAAGAACAUAUCACAGUAUCUCGAGUGUAGCCAGAAUGAUGCCGUUCCUACUGAACUGGACAGUGAUUCAGGAGACAGCCUGUUUCUAACGCAGAAGCCAGUGCCCGAGCCUGUGAGGACCGUCAGACGCCUGAAAUCAUCACAGCACAUCUUGUGCACCGAGCUAGAGGACAGUGGGGGGCACUCUUCAUCCUCUCACAGUGAUGAUGGCCAAAAGACCAGCAAAAAGAAAAGAAAGAUAGAUCUGCCAAAAUAUAACUUUCCUUUUCUCAAAGAGAGAAAACGGAAGGCCAACAGCAGUCACUUACGAACCCAAAAGAAUAUCAAACUUCAUAAUUAUGUAACGGGAGGCUUCUUUAAAUGUGUACAACUCUGGCAGGGUGCAAGUCAUUUCCAAGCAGCAUUACCAACCGUUGACCAAGUUGGAGAAGACAUAUCGCCACUGUCAGAAAAUGAGGGAGAUGGAAAGUCUGGAGACGAGGACAUCAAAGUGAUGGAAAGAAAGUGUUUUGUGGUCAAAUCCAAAGCAAAGUGCCUGCUACCUUGGUACACACCACUGCCCUGUGCCAAGAAGGGGAAAUGUCAACAUGAAAAAGGAGCUGCUUUUCAACAAAGCCUGAAAAGUGACAUAAUGUCAGCUGGGCUGUCUUUGACUGAAGAGAAAACUUUCUCCACCAGAAAUAAUGAACUCAAUCAAAGACAAACAACAAAGGAAAACAGCAGAAUAAGUAAGAGGCUCCUUUUCCCAGAUGAGUCACAAGACCUUUGUGGUGCUGCAAACUUUGCUGGAAAUGAGCCGGUUGGUCGAGAGAAAAGCCAAGUUGACACUUUGUCUAAUGAGCAACUUUUACGGGAAAGACAAUAUCCCAUCAGUGAAAUGAAUGAUGAGCUAAACAACACCGAGAAGGAAGGAGGAGGAACUGAUUUACUGUCCAGACAGGAAGCGGGUGGGCAUGUUGCGACAUCCGCGCUGCCAGCACUUUGUAAAGCGGCGCUUCAUGAAAACAACGAGAUGGAGAACUUGUCACAUGAUGCCAGCACACUGAGGUCAGAAGAUGCUUGUGUGGGGGAAAGUGACAUCACCUCAAUAAAACAAAAGAAGAAGAAGAGACAGGAAGACGAGAAUACAGCCUUGCGUGACCUCAGCUUGAAAGAAGCUUCCGUGUUUGCUGGAGCGCGAGAGAGCGGGGAACACAAAAGCAAAAAACAAAAGAAAAGCGAAAGAGGAGCGGAGGACGAUGGCGAAGAAUUCUCCUCUUGCACCGCCAGCGAACCUCCGAACGACGAGAGGCGGAGAAGAAAGAAGAAGAAAAAACAAUCACAUGAAAGAUCAGCAGCACUGUUAGAAGAAGCAGAGAGCUGUUUAGACGAGACCACGGCUGCUGCAAAGAGAAAAAAGAAAAAGAAGCACCAUGAUUCAACUCAAGGAGGACAUGACACAAGUGACAAACCCUGUCGUGAUGACGCAACUUUCACUGGAAGUGCAAGAAAGAAGAAGAAGAAGAAGAAGAAGGAAGUCUCUUCCUGUGUAUCUGACGAGGCAUGUAGAUUGAACUCUCCAGACCAGACCCAAAAUGUUGCUGACAAAACACACAAGAUGACCCAACACAAACUUGCUCAACUGGUAACCAAGAAGAAAGAGAAGAAGAAAAAAUCUAGUAGACACUUCCCAGAAGACUGUGGCUCAAGGUGAUGACCCUUUCCUUCCUUCCUUCCUUCCUUGUUGCUGACGCCAAGGUCAUCAGCGAUUUCAAGGCAAACUCGCACCAAAAAGUCAGCUGACCGCCAGAACACAGACGACAUUGAGGGUAGCCAUGUGUCACACCAAUGAUGUCCUUUCCAAUCUGAUUCCAAUUCAGGUGGGUAUUGGCGAUACAAAUCCGAUACCGAUACUUUUUACAAAUGACAAAGUAGUGUAUUUGAUAUCAUAAUAUUUGAUAUGAUAUUGAUAUUUGAUAUCAAUCUAAUGACUUUAUAAAAUCAAUUCUUAAUGAAUUUAAGCCAUAGAUUUAUUUCUUUUAUAUCCAGGUGUUUUACAGUAUAGUCACACAACAGACAAAAUCAUAUCAAAUAUGUGAAAAUGGUAUUUGAAACAAUAAAGAAAGUAAAUGAUUUAUUAUUAAGAACUACACAGCUUUACUCACAAUUCACACGUCUCCGUUUACAAUCAGCCUUCGCUGCAACAGACAAACAUUACCUCAAAUGGUAUCAUCGUAUCGAUAUUUUGAUUUGAGAAUUGAUUUUAGAGCAUGAAGAGCUGUUAUCAGAAGUAUCUAUUUCGGUAUCGGUCUGCACAUCGCUAGCUGAGGGUAGCGUGGUAUCAGCUGCUGUCUGAAACAGUCAAGGUGGGCCUGGAGGACAGGAAGAGGCGAGAUGACACCCUGCUGGUAAGAACAGCUGGUUUGGAACGCUUGCAACCCAACGAGGCUGUGCUGAAAAUGGAAAAAGAAGAUCCACCAUCACCUUGCAUUAAAAAAAUACUAAUGGAAAAAAUGCACCCGUCCUCAUCACUGAGUGAAAAUGCUGAAAGCGCUCAUGGUGGCCGCACUUCCUAUCAGGAAAAACGAGACGCAGACAUGACGUGAUUUAACACACGAAGAGAGGCAACAAAAAACACAGUGCAUGACGGACUUAACGGGGAGAUGAGGUCAGCCAUCAGGGCCAGCAAAGCCUUCUCUGCUGGCAUCAGCACCAUCACAAGCACUGACUUACAUUUACAACUUCAGUUCUAGGAUUUGUACCGUUAUGUCAGUUUCUGUGUUGCCAUGUCAAAUUAGAGCCAGUGGUGCUGGCUCAUGUCACUUGACCAAUGUUCGCAAUGAGGCUGUUUCUUUAACCAAUCACAUUUCAGAUUGGCAUUUGCACCCAGAACCGCCCACAAUGGCUGAUGAAAGAGGAGGAGAAGAAGUUGACUUGGUGUCGGACUUUCUUAAAAUUCCAUUUUCAAGGCAGACUUUUCCAGGAAAAAAAGAGGUCAGUCAACCCUGAAGCUAGCUAGCUAGCUUUUCUUAGCCCAGGAAAGGCUGUCUUUGCCACUUUUAGAAUCAAUGCUUUUGAGGAGCUGUACUCUCACGGGUUUUGAUGUUUUUGUCAUGUUAUGGGAUAAAGACUUCAGAUGAUGUUGUGUAGCGGGGAAUGUAUUGCAGAAUGAAUCUGUGCGUGAACUCCAGGUGCACUAAGGAAGAGGUCAACUUGUAUUACAGGGACUUUUGCUAAAGCUUUUUGUGUGAAGUGUGUCCCUUACUUCUGCCAAGAAGCUCUGCUUGUGGUAAAGGAAAGAGGUCCGGAUAAGGAGUAAGGUCUGGUAAUCCAAAUCAAUGCUAGUGUUUAGAACCCUGUACAGUAACUUCCUCAAACUACAGUCUUCUGUCUUGUCUUGUUUCUCAGUACUCCGAGACAAGGUUUGCGCUUGUUACCUUUGGCUGAGCCACAGAUUUACAGGCAGCUGCGUAAUGCGGAUAACGGCGGAAACAGGCUUCCGUACUUUAGUAAUAAUGCUGUGGCGCAGAUUUUUUGUGUGUGUGUGUUCUGAAUCCAGGUCAGUUAUUUUGUUUUAUUUUUAGUGUAACAGUGCUCUGUCUUAACAUGGACCCGUUGUGAUGAACUUCCCACCUUCUUUUUUUACUUCCUUGCAUUUCAGGAAACAGUUUCCUGUUAGUUGUUAGUUUUGUGGUACACCCGUGCUAGUAUACGCUAAUGUGCUUUUCCAGAAUUGUGCAUUUGUACUUAGUUUUGUGUGAAAACUUUUUUAUCAACAUAUCAAAGCCUGCAUCGUGUGCACCACAAAUCCAAUGCCUGGGCAAAAUAAAUGAAAUUUGUGAUACAGUCAAUCCCUGCCCAUUAGUGGUUGGGCAUUCGCGUCUUUAAUUGUGGAUUUCUUUUCUCUGCUGUAAAUAGUAAAAAAUUCAUUUUUUUUCGGGUAACUUAAAUGGAAAGUGGUUUGAGAGUAUUACAGUAUCUUCAGGGGAAAGAGUGCUGCAGGUAUGAAUCCACUAGAGGGUGCUGUAUCACAAGUCAGUUCACUCAUCAUUUUCCAGCAGGAAGAUGGUUUGACAAGAUGUGAGAAGUGCACGUUUUGUAAGUGCACCGCUGCAGUCUACACGCCCGUAAUGUCUUCUUAGUGUGUUAAACUCCAUUUAAAAUGCCAGAGACACAUUAUUGGAGUUAAAGGAUCAAAAAUAGGCAUUUUAAGGGUGUGUCAUGGGAGUGUAACCCUCCCAAAUAGCAGGGAUCUACUAUACUGUACUAUUGAAGAUAUUGGUCUAAAUUUUAGCACUGAAAGAAGAUCUUGAAGAAACAAAAAGAUGAAGCGUUUUUUGUAUUUGUGUAUUUCUGUCUAGAAGGUACAGUACAUUGUGUACAGUUCCAUAUUGUUUUUGAUACUGUACUGUAUUGUCCAGUGAGAUUGCUUAUUGAAUUAAUAAUGAAGACAUACUGUAGUUGUGGUUUCCUGCAAUGGAAAAGGGAGGCCGCAACGUGCUGUGUGCAACCCUUGUAGUUUCACGCAAAGUAAAGCUGCACUGUUAAGCGAAGCAGAGCUUGAAAGUCAUUGCUAAGGUUAAUAGGUAAGGCUGUUCUCCUGCGGGAGGGCAAACAUUGUCUGAGAGUUUGUCAUGACAAAGUAUGCACACCGCUACAACCUUGAAAACACGAGUUAGAGCAAAGAUUCUGCUUGAAACAAUAAUGCUGGGUUGGGAUUAUAUGCCUCAAAUGCUAUAGCAGGGGGGCCAAACCUUUCCCAACGAGGGCUGCCUACGGUAAAGUCAAAGGAUACGGGGGUCACUUUGAUAUUUGACAAAAGAGCUUUGUGUCACAGGUGAUAAAGUGUAUUAUUCCUUUUUCCAUUUUUGCUGUUGGUUUUUGUUGUCUUUUUUUUUUCUUCAUGACACUGUGACUUGAUUCCCAUAUUUGAACUUUAUUCUCGUAAUCCCACAACUUUUUC